AUGGCUGACAAAAACCUUACGUUUUUGCAAGACAUCAAUGACAAUUCUGCAAAUUGCACAAUCAAGGUUCAAGUUUUGCUUCUCUGGAACACAUUCUACCAAAAAACCCACUUUAAACCAAGCAGCCUUGAUAUGAUUUUGGUUGAUGAACAGGGCACCAAGAUUCAUGGUUCAAUCCAUAACACCUUGAUUUCAAAAUUUGAGCACAUGCUUGAAGAAGGAGGGUUUCGAGUUAUUUCGAACUUUGAUGUAAAAUCCACUAAGUCCAUGUUUCUGUUAGCAAAUCACUCAUAUAGGCUUUGUUUUUUGGAUGACACGGUUGUUUAUGACAGUCCCGCCUUUGAAAUUCCUGGUGACAAGUUUGAGUUUUGUUCGUUUGAACGAAUCAACAACUCAACAGUAGAUAAGACUGCAAGUUUUGAUAUCAUAGGACAGGUGAUUGGAAAUAAACCUAUUCGUGUUAUGGGCACAAAACAAGAUCCAAGACAUAUACUUGAGUGUCAACUACGUGAUGACAAUGGAAUUGUUAUACAAUGUGCUUUAUGGGAUGAUUAUGGCAAACAACUACACCAGUACGUGUUAGCUAAUGAAGAAAUUGAUGAACCUGUUAUUAUUCUGCUACAACUCGCGAAGUUCAACAACUGGAACAACAAACCUCAAGUCUCUAACUGUAUGUACGGUGCAAAGCUAUAUAUUAAUGAAAACAUUGGUCCUAUCAUUGAGUUCAAGGAAAGCAUCAAAUUGCAAGUAAUGGUCAAAGACAAAUCUGGAAGUGGUCCGUUGUGGAUUUUUGAAACCGGUGUGACCAAACUGGUUAAACGGUCGGCUUCAUACUUGAUAAACAAGAUUAAACCGGGAGAUACGCAUCAUGUUUAUCCUGAUGAAUUUAACACAAUCCUCAAUAAAUCCUAUGUAUUCAGAGUUGAAAUUACAGACUACAAUGUGAAAAACCGAUACAAAAUAUUUACAGUCUUCAGUCUCUCGAGUGACACGGAUAUCAUAAAAUGUGUUUUGGCUCAACCAGUUACCAAAGAGAAUGCCAUAUUCUUGGAUGAUGAUAGUGAUGAGGAUGAAAAAGAUAUGGGUACUUACUCUAAAAAGAAAAGAAACAACAAACCAUCCGAUGAAGCUAGGAAUCUGAAGAUCCCCAAAUUUGAGGAAAACGACCCUACUGAUGAAAACAUCUUUAAAGAGAACAACCUAGAAAAUGGAAUUGGCAACUUGAAGAACCAAAAAAAUCAAAAGGCUUGA